UUACUAGGGACUUUUUCCAAGACCCGACUCCCGACUUCACGCGGCUCUUACUUCCACGACGUUCAUUUCUGCCGACGCCGCAUUCAUCUAAUCCUCGACUUUAAAAGCAUCCCUUGUUGUGCGAUCAAGAUGCCAGUGGUCAAGGGAGGCGUGUGGACGAAUAUCGAGGACGAAAUCCUUAAGGCGUCCGUCUCUAAGUAUGGCCUGAACCAGUGGGCGCGCGUCUCGUCGCUUCUCGCGCGCAAGACACCCAAGCAAUGCAAGGCAAGAUGGAACGAAUGGCUGGACCCCAGCAUCAAGAAGAUAGAAUGGAGCAAAGAGGAAGACGAAAAACUGCUCCAUUUGGCCAAGCUGAUGCCUACUCAAUGGCGUACCAUCGCACCUCUUGUCGGUCGCACUGCGAACCAGUGCCUCGAGCGCUACCAGAAGUUGCUCGACGAAGCCGAGGCGCGUGAAUCAGGGAGCUUGGGACUUACUGGACCCGACGGCGGCGAAACCCAAGCGCCUACUGCCGAUGAUGUUCGGAGGUUACGGCCGGGUGAAGUCGACCCCGACCCCGAGAGCAAGCCUGCCAAGCCGGACACGAUCGACCUCGACGAAGAUGAGAAGGAGAUGCUCAGCGAAGCGCGGGCUCGUCUUGCCAACACGCAGGGAAAGAAGGCGAAACGGAAGGCGCGCGAGCGGCAGCAGGAGGAAUCCCGCCGGUUGGCUGCCCUUCAGAAGCGCCGGGAGCUCAAGACCGCUGGAAUUAACAUCAAGGUCACGACUCGGAAGCCGGGACAGAUGGACUACAAUGCCGACAUUCCCUUCGAGAAGGCGCCGGCGCCAGGCUUCUACGAUACAACUGAAGAGCAGGUAAUAAACGAACGUGAACGGGCUGCAUUCGAUCCACGUAAGCAACAGCUUGCCAACAAGCGCAAAGGCGACCAAGAUGAAGAUGGAGAGCGGAAGAAACGAAAGGGUGACAAGGAUGCUCCUUCGGCAUCUAUGCAGGCCGCUAUCAAGGCUGGCCAGAUGCAAAAGAUCCGAGAAGCAGAACAGAGCAGUAAGCGGCGGUCGCUCAACCUACCAGCACCCCAAGUCAGUGACGGGGAGCUUGAGGAGAUUGUCAAAAUAGGCAUGAUGGGCGAGCGAGCAAAUAUGCUAGCACAGUCGAGCGAAAAUGAUGCGACCAGGGGCUUGGUGAAUACCUACUCCACCCUCACUUCUCAGACUCCCAUCCGAACACCCAUGGCACCGGCUCAAGAGGAUCACAUCGCCAACGAAAUUCGCAAUAUCAAGGCCCUUACGGACAACCAGUCCGCUUUGCUUGGAGGCGAGAAUGCCGAAUUGCAAGAAGGAUCAGGCUCGACCGGUUUUGGCGGGGCCACUCCGCGGAAGCAGGUUACGGCGACACCAAACCCUCUUGCUACGCCUCUACGAAACGGAGUCAACGGAGUAGGUGCCACACCCGGAAAGGUUGGCCAGACGCCCUUGCGAACCCCGCGGGACAGUUUUGCUCUGAAUGCUGGGGAUCAUGAUAUGUCACUGGUAGCGCGGCCCAGGGACGUACGCUCACGACUCAAGCAAGGCCUUGCAUCUUUACCAAAGCCCAAGGAGACCGAAUGGGAACUAGAAAGCCCUGAGGAUCAGAUGGAUUUGAUUACGGCGGAAGAGUUAGAGGAAGACGCGGAAAUCCGAGACCGACGCGAGAGAGAAGUUAGGGAGGCACAGGAGGCGCUGGAGCGCAAAAGACGAACUCAGGUCAUGCAGAGAAACCUGCCGCGGCCGAAUGGCGUUGAUCUCACUGUUUUAUUGAGGGAAGCCUCCGCGGUAGGAGAUCCAGUGAAGGCGAUGCUUGCGCAGGAAGCAGCUUUAUUGAUUGCUAACGACGCAUUCAAAUACCCAACUUCCGGGUUAAAGUUCAAGGGCAACCCGGUGCAAUUACCACAGUUGGACGACACCGCACUUGCUGAAGCUCGGCUGAAAAUGCUGAUGGAGGCUAAGGAACUACCAAAGCCAGAGGAAGUUGAGGCUAUAUAUAAUCAGGAAAACAUCAAUGGUCUUUUACUGGGGCUUGGGUGUUACCAGGAUGACGAUGAAGAAAAUCAGGUUGCAACCAUAAAAUCAGCCUUCGAACAAGUCCAAGCGUCAACAAUGGAAACGGUGGACAAAUGCGCAAAGCUGGAAAAGAAGCUGACUCUGCACCUUGGCGGUUACAGCCAGAGGUCGAAAACCCUCCGUCAGAAGAUGGGCGAGGCUUCUGAGGCUCUUAACAAAGCAACAUAUGCUCUCAGCGGUUUCCGAACCCUAGCUGUGUCGGAGGAUAUUGCUAUCAACAGCCGGUUGGAGGCACUUCGCGAAGAAGUUGCAUUUAUCAGCCGACGGGAAAGAGAGACCCAGGACAUGUACAAAGAGGCGAAGUACGAACUUGAAGCACUACAAGUGAAUGGUAUCAACGGGCAUCAAUAAGGAUCAUCAUCGGGAACCUUAUCCAGGAACCAGUGUAUUACAGAUGAGAUUGUAGGCUAAAAUGCAAGACUGGGUGUUUAACUAUAAGUGUUACGUUUCCCAGUGCGCCUCGUGACUGGCCGGUGUGCGCUAGAGGGAUACCGGAAAAGUU